UCAAUUGACUACCUAGCGACGACUACAAGCACUGAAGCGAGCCUAAGGCGCACCGCCGUCAUCGCCCCUUCUUUACCGGAGUCGGGCAAAACUGGUUGUAGUAGAUAGUCAUAAUGAUCAGUCAAAUUAUACAACACAUCUGCCAGAGUUGCUAUCAUUUAAGAAAUGAGAUGCGGUAUUUGGUAGUGUCAAAAAGUCUUACAUUAUGGGACGGAAGGAUUAUGUUGCAUUUGGACUGAACUCUAUCUGCUCGCAAUUAUAUGUCGGUGGGUCACGUGUCUCGUACGUAUCCAUCUCUUUUAGAGUUAGAUAGAUUGUGCAUAAAAGGAUAUCGACCGGUGAAGCAAUCAUGCUGCCGCAGAUGCUUAUGUGUAUACACACACGCUAGCUAGCGACGACGUACGGUGCUAAGCAUGGCGCCGGCGGCAGACGCCAUCUUGAAGAAAUCAGCAUUCCGGUGCCUAGACGUGGCGCGCUACGUGGUGGCCGCCGCGGUGUCCAUGCUCAUGGUCACGGUCCUCGUGUGCGCCGUCAAGGCCGUCAACCCCAGCGGCCGCGUACGCAUCUACUACACCAAUCCCAUCGCCAGGCUCCGUGGCAGGAACUCGUCGUCUGUAAUGAAGACUAUGUUGGCACUGCGGCUCCCCGACGUUUCCGUGGAGCACCAAUCCACGGUGGACAUUAACGUGUUGAUGAACACCUUUGUGUUGGUACCAGGGCAGAGGUUCUACUUCGAGGCGCUCGCCAACGGCAGCGGCAGCAGCAUCGCUGACGCAUUCAUGAAGGUCAACGGCACCCGCAUCGUCCAGAAUAUUUUCACCGGGCAGAACCUGACCAGCGAGCAAGCCUUCUACUACUGCUCGCCCAUCGUCUUCGACGAAGGCGAGUACUACUCCAGUGCGGCCGCGGUUAACGUACCGUGCACGGAGGAAGCCCCGACUACCAUUCUCGAUGAUCCUCUGCCUGGUAUAAUUAAUUGAUGCAGAUUCGGUGAUUAGCUUCUUUCUCUCUCUUGAGUUUCUCAGUCGUCGCAAGUCGGUCUACACCCGGUUUGAUUGUUCACUUUACAAUGCUCAUCUUGUGGCACACGUGGCCUUAAUUAUUGUCAAGACUAGUGGUGGGUUUACCCUUUGUAGCCACAAACUCGAUUGUAACCCUCAGGAUAACUAUUUUGUUGGAUAUAAGGGAGAAAGACGGAUAAUAUA